GUGUGCGGCCGCAUUCUAUAAUUAUUAUAAUCAAAAUCAGAAGGAGGGUAUGUACUUAGUCUAUUUCUCUGCUGCAGGCGAACCGGUGAAAAUGCCGCCAGAGAUAGAGGGAGUAGUUGCUAAGUACCCUGAUCUGUUUGAAGAGCCGACAGGGGUUGUUGAGAGGGAGGUCGUCCACGCGAUAGAGAUUAUCCCAGGGUCUAGCAUUGCAAGGGGUAGGAUCUAUCGGAUGUCUCCAGGCGAGCUUGAUGAGCUUCGCCGCCAACUCAAGGAACUCGUAGAGAAGGGUUGGAUCCGGCCGAGUGUCUCUCYUUAUGGGUCUCCAGUUUUAUUUGUGCCUAAGAAGAAGGAGGAAACUCUAAGGAUGUGCAUUGACUAUAGGGGCGUCAAUGCCAUCACUGUGAAGAACAGAGAGCCCCUAUUCGUUAAGAACUACAGCAUAGUGGCCGCUGCUCUGACUGAUCUGACCCGCCUUGACACCCCUUGGGAUUGGACAGAUAAGUGCGAGGCUGCUUUCAGACAUCUGAAGCAUGCAUUGACGCACUAUGAAGUCUUGAAACUUCCUGAUCCUGACAAGCCAUUUAUAGUUACAACGGAUGCCAGCCAAUAUGGCAUUAGCACCGUGCUUGCGCAGCAGGAGGGGCAAAAGUUGAGGCCAGUAGAGUACAUGUCCAAGAAAAUACCGUCUCAGAAGUUGGCUAAGUCCACUUAUGAGAAGGAACUCUAUGCGGUGUACAAGGCACUCACCCAUUCGAGACACUAUCUCCUUGGGCGGUUCUUCAUCCUCCGGACUGAUCAUCAGACCCUGAGAUGGAUGAGAAUACAGCCGGUACUCUCUGACGCUCUCAAGCGUUGGAUCGAAGUUAUUGAGCAAUAUGACUUUGACCCUCAGUAUCUCAAAGGGGAGUACAACAAGGUUGUUGAUGCCUUGACGUGCAGACUGGACUUUUCAGGUGCGCUGAUUACUGAGUUUGAUCUGACGGACAAUGUUACUCAGUCUUUGGUGGAAGCCUAUCGCAAGGACCAGUUUAUGUUUGAGAUCAUACGUAGACUUGAGGCGAAGGACAAGAAGACCUCCGCGAAGUUUGAGUUGGUCACUGGCUUGCUGUUCCUAGAGAAGGCAGGGAAUAAACGCUUGUGCGUUCCAAAUAACGAGUCUUUGCGUAGUUUGUUUUUAGGCGAGUGUCAUGAUGCAACCGGCCAUUUUGGGUACAAGAAGACCGCAGCCAACGUGCUGCAGCGGUUCUGGUGGCGCACGAUGAUGAAAGAUGCACAAUUGUACGUGGAAACUUGUCAAGUAUGCCAGAGAGACAAGCCCCGUACUCAGGCUCCUCUUGGGCUGCUCAAGCCCCUUCUGAUUCCGGAAAGGCCAGGUGAAAGUUUAUCCAUGGACUUCAUGGAUACGCUGGUCACCAGCAAGAAUGGGAUGAGACAGAUCUUUGUCAUCGUGGAUAGGUUUA